AUGGUAUUCUACCUAACGUCUUUUGUGCGUGCUUAUGUUUUGCUUGUUGUUCGUGUCAAUAGAAGGCUAGCUAAGAGCCCCUGUGUUUGGCAUCAAAUAUUAUGGAACAAGAAAAAUGAUAUUAAGUUGGAGCGAAGAACUAAUAUAAAGGAAGGCGUUUGUUUCUUGAGUAAAAGAUAUCAGGUUCAUGUCGUUAAUAAUCUCCCUGGAGACAUUCCAACAUUGACAAUACACUGCGCAUCAAAGGACAAUAAUCUUGGAUUCCAUCAACUCCCAUUAAAUUAUGAUUUUCAUUGGAGUUUUUGUGAGAAUGUAGAAGAGGUUACAUUGUUUUUCUGUCAUUUUUGGUGGGGUCAAAAAAACAUAGCUUUUGAUGUUUUUAGUAACGUCUUUAGUUUGUCUGAUUGUAAGAAUGCGUGCUAUUGGUCAGUACAGAGUGAUGGAUUUUAUUUUUCUGGUCAUUACCCUCCACAGAAUUUCGUGAAAAAAUAUGUUUGGUAG